GUGGUGCUCCAUCAUUGACUGAGUACACCACUACUUGCACUACCACCAACUCUGAUGGUUCUGUUUCUACCAAAACUGGUGAUGUGAUUGUUACUACUGACACCAACGGUCAAUUGACUACUACCACUUCUUUCUUCACAGGAUCUGUUGCGCCAGUUUUCACUGAAUACACCACUACAUUCACUACCACCAAUUCUGAUGGUUCCGUUUCUACCAGAACUGGAGAUGUUAUUGUCACCACAGACACCAACGGUCAAUUGACCACCAGAACUUCGAUUAUUAGUGGUGCUCCAUCAUUGACUGAGUACACCACUACCUUCACUACCACUAACUCUGACGGUUCCGUUUCUACCAGAACUGGUGAUGUUAUUGUCACUACUGACACUAACGGUCAAUUGACCACCAGAACUUCCAUCAUUAGUGGUGCUCCAUCUUUAACUGAGUACACCACUACUUUCACUACCACUAACUCUGAUGGUUCUGUUUCUACUGGUACUGGCGAUGUGAUUGUCACCACAGACACUAACGGUCAAUUGACUACCAGAACUUCGAUUAUUAGUGGUGCUCCAUCAUUAACUGAAUACACCACUACCUUCACAACUACCAAUUCUGAUGGUUCCGUUUCUACCAAAACUGGAGAUGUCAUUGUUACGACUGACACCAACGGUCAAUUGACUACCACCACUUCCAUUAUUAGCGGUGCUCCGUCAUUGACAGAGUACACCACUACCUUCACUAGCACAAACAGUGGUAGUUCUGUAUCCACCAAAACAGCAACAAACAAUGAAGGUGGAGUUUACUCAACUACUUCGUUGAUUACAAAAGGACGGUCAAGUUCUUUCUUUUCGGGAUACUUCAAUACUAGUUCGACAUCCCUUGCAGAGCAGAGUUCUCGUACAAUUUGUUUUAGAGAUGGUUCUCAUUGUGUGAUUGUUAGUUCUAGUGACACAUUAACAUUGGUCACAAGUUCCUAUUCAACUUCAUUACCGUCAUCUAGAACUGCGAUUGACGAUGAUUCUGGAUCUGGUAACAAUCCCAGAGUGGGUAACGAAGUUGGUGCUGGAAGGGAUGGUUCCGGGAGCAAUGGAUCUGUUUCUGAUACUGUUAAAGUCUGGCCAACUUCUGGAUCUGGAAAUCACAUAUCUGGAUCUCACUCUACUACUUGGGGGUCUAGUUCUGGUUCGGACGGAUUAGAGCCUGGUUUCAAUGGAGUCGGUGGCUCCGGUAAUGGCUCGUUGUCCCCAUCUUCGAUGGCCUCCCCGCCGACGGUCUCCCCUUCGAUGGCCUCCCCUUCGGCUUCUCUGUUGAUUACCAUACCAAAUGGCAGUGCAUCUUUGAAGUUGAAUAAAUUCAUUUCUUUGUUGAUGUUAACACUGGUUUACAUAUUUAUCUUAUAA